AAAUUAAGCCAACUUGCUCACUCCCAGUAGUUUACUCGAAGAAAGUGAAACAUAACAUGGAGAGAGAAAAGAGAUAGCUAUGUCUGUCUGCUAUGGCAUUCAUCUAUUCUAGAUUUUUCUUUCAGCUGAUCAAAAAACACACUUAAUACCCCUCAUCGAGCCUAGCUGUUCUCUCUGGACCAUGAUGCUGAAACGCCCAUAAUUUCCCCCCCCCCCCCCCCCCCCCCCUAUUCUCUUGGCCUCAAAACCAAUAUCUCCAAUCAAAUCCAGCAUUCAGCUAACUAUACCCAAAGAUGAAGAUCCAGUGUGAUGUGUGUCACAAUGAAGUUGCUUCCUUUUUCUGCCCCUCUGAUGAAGCCUCUCUCUGCCAUGCUUGUGAUCGCACCAUCCACCAUGCCAACAAGCUCGCAGACAAACACAAACGCUUCUCCCUUCACCACCCCACUUCCAAAGACUCCCCUCUUUGUGAUAUCUGUCAUGAGAGGCGUGCAUAUCUUUUUUGCAAAGAGGACAGAGCAAUACUAUGUAGAGAAUGUGAUCUUUCUAUUCAUGGGGUCAACGAACAUACCAAGAAACACAACAGGUUUCUUCUCACUGGCGUAAAGAUCGGUGCUGAUGCUUCAGACCCAACAUCACUUUCCUCAAAUGACACUGCCAUUGAAGAAAGAACAACCUCUAGUUCUAAAAUAAACAGACCAAUAAGUUCUUUGUCAAAUGAGAAUAUCAGUUCUUCUCCCACGGUUGGAGACAACAUGGCUUGUGACACGGGUUCGGUUUCAACUAGCAGCAUUUCUGAGUACUUGAUUCAGACCAUUCCCGGUUACUGCAUGGAAGAUCUUUUAGAUGCUUCAUUUGCAUCUAAUGGUUUAUCUAAGGAUUAUGAGCACCAAUCAGCGUUUCAGAACCAAGAUGUUCAAGUCAGCAUGUGUUCGUUUCCACUGCAAAGUUGGGUACCACAAUCUCAAGCUGGAUCCCCUCAACUAAUUAGCACUACCUCGAAUCUUCAUCCCCAGAUUAAUUCUUUAGUUGGAGUAAUGGAAAUGCCUAAAGCCAAAGCUAGUGAAGGAUACUCCAAUUGCAUAUAUAAUUAUGACUACUCAGCUUACAAAGUUCCUUCAAUUUGUCCUCCAUUGAUCAAAAAAUGUAAACGCUCUCGUUAAUCAAUUGUAUGUGAAUUUUGUUGCAAAAUAUUAGCUUAUUUUGUUUUCUUCGAGA